CAUCAAACCCUUGAGAGAGUAUUUUGAAAAUUUAAAGAGAAAAGCAACAGAAAUAGGUAAACAAAAAUAAACGCAUGGAUGUUGGACGGACGAAAGAUGAUGCCAUAGCUUCACGGGUGGAUGGCCUACAACGGAAGAAAAUGUUUUUCAUUUGCUUAGAGGUGGUGGGUAGGCAUUCAUCUUUUCCUCAUGUCUCUCUGGGAGGCAGUCGCAUUUUAUAAACCAUCACGUCAGCGAGCUCCCCAUAAAAUAAAUAAGUUUUCCUAUUUUGGUUAAAAAUAAUUUGGGAAAAAAUUUAAUUUUCUUGGUUAAUUGAAACAUUUUGUUCAUCACAAUUCUCUUAACUUGAAAUGUGCAUGGAAACUCAUUAGCAUGGAUGUUCCCGAACUGACAGAGGAUUCUAUCUGCAGAUUGGCCCAAUUAUUAGGGAAAUGGAGAUUGGAUUUUCUUCUGCCACAGUUUGUUGAGGAAAAAAUCGAUGAAGAAGUUUUGGAAAUGAUUGAUGCCUCCCAUAUAAAUAUUCUUCUACACAAAUACCCAAUAGGAGUUCAAAUACGGUUUACCCAUUAUCUUAGCAAUUGGCGUAAAUCCAUUGGCAAGCCUCUUAGAUCAAUAGAAUUCAAUGAAUUUGAGCCCUACCUAAAUUCCAACGAAAUUUAUGAAUUCUGCAGUAGAUCUCAGACAUCGAAAAAUUAUGAAAUGUCGAUUACCAAUCAAGAGUCAUCAAUGAAAUCCCUAUCUGACAAUGAAGACGAGAGCACAUGUACAAAUGAUAAUCAUACGAUAGCUGUUGAAAAUGCAUCCAACGCAAAUCUGUCCUUUGAAACUGAAGUAAUCAAAGAAAUCCAUUCACCCACUACAUCGUUGCAGAAGCCUUACAGUAGACCAAAACUUGAUCUGGAAGAAAUUCUGAUAAACUCGCCACCGAAUGGUCCUGAUCUUAUUCAGAUCUAUAGAAAGCAAAAACAUUUUACCCACCUUGACCGCAAACGUUUAGUUGGCGCUAUAGUAAACUAUUAUUUAGAAUGUAAACUUCCAAUGGAUUUGAAUACCAGCUAUGAUUUGGAGAAUGCCAUUUUGAUAAUGUUCCCCAAUGAAUCGUUGAAAAUGUAUCGCAAUAGCAGACAUGGUAAAAUCUUCAAUCGCUACAAUCGAGAGAAAUUGAAAGAGAAGGAAUGUGAGCAACAGUAUUCAGAGAAAAACAUGGAAGAUAGUGGUGAUAUUUACGAAGAUGAAACGACGACACAUAUAGAUCAUGACAUCCUUAUUCAAACCAUUUUUGAGGGCCAGAAGAAAUUUACCAAAAUACGCUCACCAUUCCUGUACUGCAGUUAUCUGACCACAGCUUGUGAGAUGUUUGGUAUAAACAAAAUCAACGAUUAUUGCAUUUUUCUAAAUGGUUAUGAGGUUGAAGAGGAUCGAUUUAAAAGUCUUAUUCUAAAGUUUUACAAAUCACCCACCUUUAGUCUUGAGUUAAUGCCGAAAAAUAAAUCCAUAGAUGCCAAGUUGAUUUCAAAUCAUCUUCCCAAUGUUGAAUACAUACGAAAUAUCCCAACUAUACAGCCUUUGCUGAAGAUCAAUGAAAGAGGAGAACAAUUACAGAAUAGGCAUAGAACCACUUUGGCUAAAAUCUUGAUCGAUGAGUGUUUGAAAUUAAAUCCAGAAAGAAUACUCAAGAGACCUGAUUUUAUAAUGUUGGCCGAAGCCAUUUGCAAAACUUUCCGCAAUGAGGUUACCGCUACUUAUUUUAUACCCUGUCGUAAUGGAAAACCAGCUCGUGGAAAAUUGUGGAGUGCCUACAUUAAUAAACGUAGCCUAUUGUUCUCCACAGGUCUGGUGGUCCGUCGUAGAUGCCAGAAACGCAAAUUGUCUGCUGAUUCCCGAAACCAUGAUGACUAUGAAGUACAUGGUGUGCCUAACCCCACCUUAGAAUCUGCUGAAUUCUCUUUGAAUAGGAAUUGUGAUUUGAAAAGUUUACUGCAUAGAUGGAAAGAGACCCAUGACCAACGUAGACAAGAACUUAUGCUGAACCAACUUACUCCUGAGGAAUAUAUGAUCAAAUACUCCAUAUUGCAAAGUGAGAAGGGUAUUCAUCUAGUGGAAGUGGAUGUAAAACAAUUGUAUCCGGUAAUGGGCAAUAUAGACAAUUGGCUGAUAUUUUACCAUAAAGUGGUGGAUAAAACAAGAAGCGUACGAAAAUACAAACAUGUAACCAGAAUUAUAGAGCAGAUUGAUGGUUCUAUGGAUACACGAUAUUGUGCCAGUUUAGCGUUAAAUUUGCUGGCCUAUAUGUUCUCCAGUUUUCCUCGAUGUUCUAAACCUGAAGUUCAAAAUCGUUUUCUAACGGAAUUCAAGAGCUUUGAGGAAUUAUCAAGCGAUGGCGAACCUGAGGAAUUACAAAUUCGCUAUAUCCAUCAAAAUCAGCGAAUUGUUUAUGCUGACUUUACAAUACCCGGAGGCUAUACUUUCAAAUUUGGCGAUCUAUUAGAAGCUUUAACCCAUUGUUUUCACUACAUAAUGGCCUUAAAUCUUAAGUAUCCAAAAAUAUGCCUCUGCCUUUGGCAAUUUGUUCAAGUUGCCAUAUUCCAAAUAGACAUUGAAAGUGGUCAAUUGCCUCAAAUCGAAAGUUCAAUUAAUGAUUUACAAUUUGUUGAUGCCAAACUCUAAAAUGGAAUUAUUUGACGACAUUAGAUGUAAGAUGGACCAAAAUGUUAGACUCGUAUAGUAUAUAAGUAAUUGUAGCUUAAAUGUUAUAUUUUAUAAUGGUGUAUAUUUUUUAGAGAUGUUUAGAUGUUGAUGUUGACAACUUUAUGUGCAAUAGACUGAAAGAAACUUUCCCAAAAAAAUCAAAAUAUAAGUGCCGAAUAUUGUAAACUAAAUAAAAUUUAGAAAAUUA